AUGUAUGGAGGCGGGGAAAAUCACCUUGCAAAGGAUCUGGAAGAAAACAGCUGCCCCCUUCUUCCCCCUCGUUUUCCUGCCGCAGCAUCACUCAAGCUGGAGCAUUAUGGAGCUGGAGAAUAUUGUGGCCAAACAGUCUUGCUCAAAGCCAGAGAAGGAGGUGGAGGGAAGCGGAAAGGGAGAAGCAAGAAAUGGAGAGAGAUCCUCAAGUUCCCGCACAUCAGUCAGUGCGAUGACCUUCGGAAAGGCAUGGAACGAGACUACAGCAGCUUGUGUGACAAGCAACCGAUUGGCCGGCAGCUUUUCCGACAGUUCUGCGAGACGCGCCUGGAGCUCCUGCGGUGUAUCCACUUCCUGGAUGCUGUGGUAGAAUAUGAGGUUUCCCCGGACGAGAAGAGGAAGGAAAUGGGAGAAGAGAUAAUCCGCAACUUUUUCAACAGCAAGUCCCCAGGCUACAUAGCAGAGAUCAGCCAGUCUCUCAUGAACCAUUGCACGGAGAAUCUGCAGAGAAGCGCCUGCAAAGACCUCUUCAGCACCUGCGUGCAGCACCUACACGAGUACCUCAGUGGAGCUCCUUUCACAAACUACCAGGACAGCAUGUAUUUUGACAGAUUCCUCCAGUGGAAGUACCUGGAGAGGCAGUCAGUGACCAAAGACACCUUCAGGCAAUACCGGAUCCUUGGCAAGGGAGGCUUCGGAGAGGUUUGCGCUUGUCAGGUGCGGGCGACAGGGAAGAUGUACGCCUGCAAGAAACUGGAGAAGAAGCGCAUCAAGAAGCGGAAAGGAGAGGCCAUGGCUCUGAACGAGAAGCAGAUCCUGGAGAAGGUCAACAGCCGGUUUGUGGUGAGCUUAGCCUACGCCUACGAGACCAAGGAUGCCCUCUGCCUGGUCCUCACCAUCAUGAACGGAGGCGACUUGAAGUUUCACAUCUACAACAUGGGCAACCCCGGCUUUGACAACGAGCGGGUCACUUUCUACGCUGCAGAGAUUUGCUGCGGCCUCGAGCACUUGCACCGGGAGGGCAUCGUGUACAGAGACUUGAAGCCAGAGAACAUUCUCCUGGAUGAUGAUGGUCAUAUCCGGAUCUCAGAUCUGGGGCUGGCCAUCAAGAUUCCAGAAGGAGACACCAUCCGUGGCCGUGUAGGAACUGUUGGCUACAUGGCUCCAGAGGUGAUCAACAACGAGCGCUACUCCUUCAGUCCAGACUGGUGGGGGCUCGGCUGCCUCGUCUACGAGAUGAUCGAGGGCCAGUCACCGUUCCGCGCCCGCAAGGAGCGGGUGAAGAGGGAGGAAGUGGAGAAGCGGGUUCAGGAGGACCAGGAGCAGUACUCGGACAAGUUCUCUGAAGACGCCAAGGCCAUCUGCAAGGCGCUCCUGACCAAGGACCCCAAGCAGCGGCUUGGAGGGAAGGGAGACGAGGCCGUCGAGGUGAAGCAGCACCCUUUCUUCAAGACGAUCAACUUCAAGCGCCUGGAAGCUGGGAUCAUGAAGCCCUCCUUUGUGCCAGAUCCCCGAGCCGUAUACUGCAAAGACGUGCUGGACAUCGAACAAUUUUCCACUGUGAAGGGUGUCAACUUAGACCAAACCGACAAUGACUUCUAUGCCAAAUUUGCCACUGGCAGCGUCUCCAUUCCAUGGCAGAACGAGAUGAUCGAGACAGAAUGCUUUAAAGAUUUAAACACCUUUGGACCAAACGGCACCCGCUCCCCUGACCUGGACUGGAAGCAACUCCCCGACCCACCCAAGCGUAGCCUCUUGCAGAGGCUCUUCCGACGUAACCCAAGUGACUUCACCAUCAGCGCCAACGCAAACUCCAACCUGUCGGCGGCUCCCUCGCCAGCCCGGCCCACAGCACAGGCUCCCUCCUGACCCAGAGGGCCCCUGGAGCCACCACUUGUCCUGUGCCUUCUCAGGGUUGCCUUCGGCACAGCGCUGAUACCAGGGCUGGACUCUACUACUGGCUAGGAGGUGGGGCCACACAGCCUUCCGACCAGCAGGAUGGGCAGAGCAGCAGCAACAAGCCUUUGGCGCCUCCUGGUGCUGACAUGGACUGACACGCCCUCGGGGAUCCCUGAGGAUGACUCGGUUACCCCAAAACCAGGCUGCUCCCUACCAGGGUCUUCCCCCUUUGCCCUCCGCCCUCCAGUUGCUCAGAGUACCCAUCCCCG